AUGUUUCGACAGGCUAGAACCGUGCUCCAGAAACUUCGAUAUGUACGUUAUACCGGACUGCAGAAAACAUGGAGGCAGAAGAGCACUUCUUCAGUACGAGAGAAGGUGCUUCAGUUCCAACCAGGACAGAAGAUCCAUGGCUUCACAGUCAGAGAGGUUGUGGAGGUUCCUGACUUGUUCCUCACAGCCGUGAAGCUCAGCCACGACCAAACUGGAGCUCAGUACCUGCACGCCGCCAGGGAUGACUCCAACAACCUCUUCAGCGUCCAGUUCAGGACCACCCCCAUGGACAGCACCGGCGUUCCUCACAUCCUGGAGCACACAGUGCUGUGUGGAUCGGAGAAGUAUCCGUGCAGAGAUCCGUUCUUCAAGAUGCUCAACAGGUCGCUCUCCACCUUCAUGAACGCCUUCACAGCCAGUGACUACACCAUGUAUCCUUUCUCCACCCAAAACGGGAAGGACUUCCAGAACCUUCUCUCAGUCUACCUGGAUGCCGUUUUCUUCCCCUGCCUGCGAGAGCAGGACUUCUGGCAGGAAGGCUGGAGGCUGGAGAACGAGAACCCCACGGAUCCCAGCUCCCCCCUGGUCUUCAAAGGCGUCGUCUUUAAUGAAAUGAAGGGAGCCUUCUCGGAUAACGAGCGUCUGUUCGCCCAGCACCUCCAGAACAAGCUGCUCCCGGAUCACACCUACUCCGUGGUGUCGGGUGGAGAACCUCUGGCCAUCCCGGACCUGACCUGGGAGCAGCUCAAACAGUUCCACGCCACUCACUACCAUCCCAGCAACGCGAGGUUCUUCACAUAUGGAGACCUGCCUCUGGAGAACCAUCUAAAGCAGAUCCAUGAAGAAGCUCUCUCCAAGUUUCAGCGCAUCGACCCAAAGACGGAAGUUCCGCCUCAGCCGCUCUGGAGCAGUCCUAGGGAGGACCAUGUGACCUGCAGCCCCGAUGCUCUGGCUCCAGAUCCAACCAAGCAGAACUCUGUGUGUGUGAGCUACCUGCUGGGAGACAUCACGGAUACUUUUGAAGGGUUCACGCUCAGCCUGCUGUCCUCUCUGAUGGUCUCUGGUCCAAACUCUCCCUUCUACAAAUCCCUCAUCGAACCAAAGAUCGGGUCGGACUUUUCCUCUGUGGUCGGGUACGACGGCAGCACCAAAGAGGCGUCCUUCAGCAUCGGGCUGCAGGGGAUGGCUGAGCAGGACACCGAGAAGGUCAAACAGAUCAUCAGCCAGACCAUCGACCACAUCAUCGAGAGCGGCUUCGAGGAGGAGAGGAUCGAGGCGCUCCUGCAUAAGAUAGAGAUCCAGAUCAAACAUCAGUCCACAAACUUUGGUCUGGCUUUGGCCUCGUACAUCGCUUCUUCCUGGAACCACGACGGCGACCCGGUGGAGCUGCUGAGAAUCAGUGAAAGCGUGGCCCGGUUCAGACAGGCGCUGAAGGAAAACCCACGCUUCCUUCAGGACAAAGUCAAGCUCUACUUCAAAGAGAACACUCACCGGCUGACCCUCUCCAUGAGCCCCGACCACGACUACAUGGAGAAACAAGCCAGAGCCGAGGAGCAGAAGCUUCAGCUGAAGGUCCAGGCUCUGACUGACAAAGACCGGGAGGAGAUUUAUCAGAAAGGUCUGGAGCUGCUGGCUGCUCAGAGUCAAACUCAGGACGCCUCCUGUCUGCCGGCGCUCAAAGUGUCCGACAUCCAGCCGACCAUCCCCCCCACGGCCGUCCAGCUGAGCUCUGCAGCCGGCGUCCCGGUUCAGCUCUGCGAGCAGCCGACCAACGGUUUGGUGUACUUCAGAGCCAUGUGCAGCCUCAACACCCUCCCUGAGGACCUCCGGCUUUACGUGCCGCUCUUCUGCAGCGUCCUCACCAAGAUGGGCUGUGGAGCUCUGGACUACAGGCAGCAGGCUCAGCAGAUGGAGCUGCGGACGGGGGGCAUGUCUGCUUCCGCCCAGGUCAUCCCUGACUCCGCCCACGUAGACACAUUUGAACAGGGAAUCCUCCUGUCCUCCUCCUGCCUGGAGAGGAACCUCCCCCACAUGUUCCACCUGUGGAGCGACAUCUUCAACAGCCCUCACUUUGAAAACGAGGAGCGCCUGAGAGUGCUGGUGACCAUGUCGGCUCAGGAACUGGCCAAUGGCAUCUCCUACUCUGGUCACAUGUACGCCAUGAGCCGAGCGGGCCGCCACCUGACCCCAGCAGGAGACUUGCAGGAGACUUUUGCAGGGAUGGAGCAGGUCAAGUUUGUGAAGAGGAUCGCGGAGAUGCCAGACCUGAGCCACGUCAUCCGAACGUUACCCAGAAUCAAGAGACACCUGCUGAACCCGGACAACAUGAGGUGUGCUAUUAAUGCGACCCCACAGAAAAUGUCAGACUCCACAGCUCAGCUGGAGGUUUUUAUGAAAGACGUUUCUGAAAACCGGAAGGAGCGCAAAGCCGUCAGAUCAAACUUACUGAAGAAACCUCUGGACCCCAAUAGACCCGUGGAGGAUUCCAGUCCCAGCAGGAAGCUAAUAACUGAGCCAAACUUCCAGCCAUGCCAGAUGAAAACCUUCUUCCAGAUGCCUUUCCCAGUCAGCUUUGUGAGCGAGUGCAUCCGCACGGUGCCGUACUCCCACCAGGAUUAUGCCAGUUUGUGCGUUUUAGCUAGAAUGAUGACGGCUAAAUUUCUUCACGGAGAGAUCCGGGAGAAGGGCGGGGCCUACGGGGGUGGAGCUAGAAUGGGAGGAGGCGGCCUUUUCUCAUUCUAUUCCUAUAGGGAUCCAAACUCGGUGCAGACACUGUCUGCGUUCCGUAAAGGCGUUGACUGGGCAAAAUCUGGAACGUUCACUCAGCAGGACAUCGAUGAAGCCAAGCUGUCCGUGUUCUCCGCUGUGGACUCGCCUGUGGCCCCCGCAGACAAAGGCAUGAGCCGCUUCCUGAGCGGAAUCACAGACGAGAUGAAGCAGAGCCACAGAGAGAGGCUCUUCUCCGUGGAUCAUCAGACCCUGGUGGACGUGGCAGAGCGGUAUCUGAGUGUUGGGCGGGGAACGUGCGGUGUCGCCAUCCUCGGACCAGAAAACGAACAGAUUAAAAAAGACCCCACGUGGAUAUUAAAAUGAUAAAAACAAUCGUUGGAAUUUUAGAAAUGAAACGAGAGAUAGCAGACGACAAACAUAAGCAUCCUUUCUGUGUUUAGGCUUUAGGAGAGUCACAGGAACAUCCAUGUGGAUCGUGGAUUCAUCACUACCUCUCACUGAAAUGUUACAGAUCACACUUUGGCUCCGUUAUGUACAGAACUUUCAACAUCAGCCGUUACUCUGUCAGAUGGAUCAUAAAAUCUGAAAGUAUUUUGUAAAACAGUACCACAUCACCAAUUAAAAAAAUUCACAUUUUUGACCAGUU